GCAGGUGGUGCUGGGGAGCAGCGUGUUUGCUGUGCUUGGUCAUGAGCUGCUGGGAAGUUGUGACUUUCACUUUCCCUUUCGAAUUCCAGGGUAUAUCUGGGAGGCAGGAGGACGUGUCUGGUUAUUACACAGAUGCACAGCUGGACGUGGGAUCCACACAGCUCAGAACAGUUGGAUCUUGCUCAGUCUCUGUCAGAGGAAGAUCCCUUGGACAAGAGGACCCUGCCUUGGUGUGAGAGUGAGGGAAGAGGAAGCUGGAACGUGGGUUAAGGAAAACCUUCCAGUCUGGACAGUGACUGGAGAGCUCCAAGGAAAGCCCCUCGGUAACCCAGCCGCUGGCACCAUGAACCCAGAGAGCAGUAUCUUUAUUGAGGAUUACCUUAAGUAUUUCCAGGACCAAGUGAGCAGAGAGAAUCUGCUACAACUGCUGACUGACGAUGAAGCCUGGAAUGGAUUCGUGGCUGCUGCUGAACUGCCCAGGGAUGAGGCAGAUGAGCUCCGUAAAGCUCUGAACAAGCUUGCAAGUCACAUGGUCAUGAAGGACAAAAACUGCCACGAUAAAGACCAGCAGCACAGGCAGUGGUUUUUGAAAGAGUUUCCUCGGUUGAAAAGGGAGCUUGAGGAUCACAUAAGGAAGCUCCGUGCCCUUGCAGAGGAGGUUGAGCAGGUCCACAGAGGCACCACCAUCGCCAAUGUGGUGUCCAACUCUGUUGGCACUACCUCUGGCAUCCUGACCCUCCUCGGCCUGGGUCUGGCACCCUUCACAGAAGGAAUCAGUUUUGUGCUCUUGGACACUGGCAUGGGUCUGGGAGCAGCAGCUGCUGUGGCUGGGAUUACCAGCAGUGUGGUAGAACUAGUAAACAAAUUGCGGGCACGAGCCCAAGCCCGCAACUUGGACCAAAGCGGCACCAAUGUAGCAAAGGUGAUGAAGGAGUUUGUGGGUGGGAACACACCCAAUGUUCUUACCUUAGUUGACAAUUGGUACCAAGUCACACAAGGGAUUGGGAGGGACAUCCGUGCCAUCAGACGAGCCAGAGCCAACCCUCAGUUAGGAGCGUAUGCCCCACCCCCGCAGGUCAUUGGGCGAAUCUCAGCUGAAGGCGGUGAACAGGUUGAGAGGGUUGUUGAAAGCCCCACCCGGGCAAUGAGCAGAGGAACGAAGAUCGUGGGUGCAGCCACUGGAGGCAUCUUGCUUCUGCUGGAUGUGGUCAGCCUUGCAUAUGAGUCAAAGCACUUGCUUGAGGGGGCAAAGUCAGAGCCAGCUGAGGAGCUGAAGAAGCGGGCUGAGGAGCUGGAGGGGAAGCUCAACUUUCUCACCAAGAUCCAUGAGAUGCUGCAGCCAGGCCAAGACCAAUGACCCCAGAGCAAUGCAGCCACCAGGGCAGAAAUGCCGGGCACAGGCCAGGACAAAAUGCAGACUUUUUUUUUUUUUUUUUGAGAUGGAGUCUCGCUCUAUCACCCAGGAUGGAGUGCAGUGGCUCAAUCUCGGCUGACUGCAAGCUCCGCCUCCUGGGUUCACACCAUUCUCCUGCCUCAGUCUCCCGAGUAGCUGGGACUACAGGCACCUGCCACCACGCCCGGUUAAUUUUUUGUAUUUUCAUUGGAGACGGGGUUUCACUGUGUUAGCCACGAUGGUCUCCAUCUCCUGACCUCGUGAUCUGCCCACCUCGGCCUCCCAAAGUGCUGGGAUUACAGGCGUGAGCCACUGCGCCUGGCCAAAAUGCAGACAUUUUAUUAGGGGGAUAAGGAGGGCGAGGUAAAGUUUAUGGAACUGAGUGUUAGUGACUUUGGCAUUUGUGUAGCUGAGCACAGCAAGGGAGGGGUUAAUGCAGAUGGCAAGUGCACCAAGGAGAAGGCAGGAACACUGGAGCCUGCAAUAAGGGAGAAGAGGGGACUGGAGAGUGUGAGGAAUGGGAAGAAGUAGUUUACUUUGGACUAAAGAAUAUAUUGGGGGAAGAAUAGAGGGGGAGCUUGCAGGAACCAGCAAUGAGAAGGCCAGGAAAAGAAAGAGCUGAAAAUGGAGAAAACCAGAGUUAGAGCUGUUGGAUACAGGAGAAGAAACAGCAGCUCCACUACCGACCCGCCCCCAGGUUUGAUGUCCUUCCAAGAAUGAAGUCUUUCCCUGUUGAUGGUCUCUCACUCUGUCUUUCCAGCAUCCACUCUCCCUUGUCCUUCUAGGGGUGUAUCACAGUCAGCCAGUGGCUUCUUGAUGAUGGUGGUUGGGGUGGUUGUCAUGUGACGGGUCCCCUCCAGGUUACUAAAGGGUGCAUGUCCCCUGCUUGAACACUGAAGGGCAGGUGGUGGGCCAUGGCCAUGGUCCCCAGCUGAGGAGCAGGUGUCCCUGAGAACCCAAACUUCCCAGAGAGUAUCUGAGAACCAACCAAUGAAAACAGUCCCAUCGCUCUUACCCGGUAAGUAAACCCUCACUCAGAAAAUUAGCAUGAAAGCAGUUUAGCACUGGGAGGAAGCGCAGAUCUCUAGAGCUGUACUGCCGCCACCCAGGAUUGACCUGUGUGUAAGUCCCAAUAAACUCACCUACUCACCAA